AAUUCGGUCCCCAAAUUCCUCCAAAUACAUUGUAGGCGACUAUUUAAGACUAUGGAUGUUUUCAAGAAUCCAUAUCCUCCUGCCUUUUCUCUUAUUUCUGUCUGCUUUCGCGACAUUUUUUUUCUAUUUUCACGACCAUUAGAAUAAGCCCGCAAGUCGAGCCUUCACAAUCCAAUCCUUACGACCUUCAUUCUUCACAUCGGAAAUCAUGAUUGCAGGCCUCUCUAAAGCCAUUACCCUCUACCUGGCACCUGUGUUGUCCCUCACGGCCAUUUUGUUAUCCUUGUUUGCGUUCCUUGCGCCCGUGGUUAUGCUUAACGACCGCGUUUCGCUGCUGACCGUCUCUCCAUCGACUGUUUUAACUCAGACUAAUGGUCCGAGUGUCGAUGGUGCUAGCGUAUUUCUUGGAGCUCUUGGCUCUUGUUCAAGAUCGGACAAUGCUGCUCUUAUUAACUGUACAGCACCAUCGCUGUCACCUGUAUAUGACCUUUCUGUCCUUCCUUCGAACGCCCCGCAACUUACUCUCACUGCCCCUCCAUCGAGCUCUCCUGCGUUCAUCGCAGUCUCCUUGGCUUUCUCCAUUGUGUUUUUCAUUACAUUUACCAUGAUUUCAUUACGACACAAAAUGGGUGCAAAGCUUGGUGCCGUGUUCGAGAAGCCUGCAAUCCAACGAUUCUCUGCUUGGAUCGGAUUUUUUGGAUUUUUCAUUGGUCUCACAGCCUUCCUUAUCCUUAGGAUGCUGAUGGGAAAAUCGGUUGACGAUUUCAACAAUGGCAUUGUAUCUUUGGGCUCAGGAGGUCCCCAACUAGUCGCCAGCAGCGGUAACGGUUUCACAAUGAUCUGGGUGGCAUACGCGUUCUAUGCGGUCCCCGUCAUUGCGUCCAUGGCCAAAAUCAACGUUACACAGACAAAAGCUUGAGCGGUGAUUUGCUAGAUGCAUUCACCUCUCUGCAAUCAUGACUUUUCAUUACUCUUUCUUGGG